GUAGCUGUGAAAUGAAGCAGUCUCUGUCUGUGAGUAAGGGAACAAGAGAAAGAAAGGAAAGAGUGGAUGAGCAAGACAGAGAGUGAGAGAGAGAGAGAGCGAGAGAGAGGGAGAGAGCAAAAGGGGAUCACAUGCACAAAAGUGUGGGCGAGACAGAUCCAGCAGAACUGGACAGAGACAGAUCAAGUUAGACAGGAGAAUGUCUCACCGCCUGCAGUUGUAUUUUGGCUCGGGAAACAGAAAUACUGUGCCUGAGUUUGAGCAGCUUAAUGGGGCGGCAGAGGAUAGAGGAGAGACUGCUACCAGUUAUGGGAUAGACUACAGCGGCGUAGGAGCCAUGAUGUCCCAUAUGCAGCCACGAAACGGAGGACUUACUGAGAACCCAGAGUCUGGUGCGGCUGCUGUUUCUGACACCUCUCUAAUGCGAAGUUCUUCCAUGUUCAUCCCACAACUCCAGGGUCAUACCGAACCACGGAUGACCAAGAGCACCUCUGUGCAGAUAUCACUCCAACGUUCAAGUGCUCCCCAAAAAGAUGCAUCAUCCCUUGAUCCACCUCCGGGAUACCCCCAGGAUCCAGCUCCACCCUACCCUGAACCUGGUGAAGAUUGGCCUUUACCUCCACCUCCACCCUACCACAGAAGGGAGGACCCAGCAUGCCACAAUGUGGAACCAAAGCCUAUCCAGCCUAAGAGACAAGUGUUUUGUGUCCGGCCAAUUGAUGGGCAAAAUGGAUGUGCCGUUAUGGGUGUACCCAGUGGAGGUCCCCAAGGGCUUAGCAUUGGAGGUUUCUCUAUUCAAAGAAGAUCUUCAGAUGGCUUAGAUGUCCAGCAGUUUAAGAUCAUGCCAUUUAGCAAAGAAGGCCAGAAUGGCCUAUUCCAUCGUUGUUAUGUCCAGCAAAACACGAAUGGAAGCACUGGUGCACAAAGACUUGUUUUCCAGCUUCAACAGGACCAAGGACGGCACACAAGCACUAAUUCUCAAACUGAAGUGACUGAUUUUGGCUUUACGGAAUCUAAAUCUGGGCAUGUGGUGCGAUACCCUCGGAUCCGACUUGAGAGGAGCGCUUCGCAGCCAUUACAAUCCAGAGAAGUUCCUUCACACCUCGGAUCCAUGCCAAAUCUUCAUUCCCCAAUCUCAGAAAGGGAUAAAGAGAGUGAGAUUGUUGAGAACACACCUCGAGGUUGCACAUUCAAGAUUAGCAAGGAGCAGAACCCCAGGCAGCCCAAGUUUAAGAUAUAUUUCAGCCAGGGAGGCGAGCACACUCCCAUCCAAUCUCGGGAUAUUUCCUUUGGAAAGGUGCCUGUCUGCAUCAACCCACAGGCUCACUUGGGUCGUGAUCGCUCCAAGAAUGGGCUUUUCAACCUCGGUCAGACCAGAGAUGACUUCCUUGGACAGGUGGAUGUACCUCUUAAUCAUUUACCAACGGAAGACCCAGCAAUGGAGCGGCCGUAUACAUUUAAAGACUUUCUGCUGCGUCCGAGAAGUCAUAAGUCUCGAGUGAAAGGCUACCUGAGGCUGAAGAUGGCCUAUUUGCCAAAGAACGGUGGCCAAGAAGAGACCAGUGAGAUGAGAGAAGAGGCUGAGGGCUGGGAUGUGACCGACUCUACAGAUCCAGGCUCCCAGAGACCUCAGCAACUCCUGCCGCCACUGCCUCCAGGCUGGGAGGAGAAGGUGGAUAACCUGGGUCGGACCUACUACGUCAACCACAACAACCGCAGCACGCAGUGGAAGAGGCCCAGUAGUGUGGAUGUGGUUUCAGAAACGGAAAAUGAUAAUCACUUGCGGCAGAUUAACCAGGAAGCCCACCGAGUUUUCCGCUCCCGACGGCACAUUAGUGAGGACCUGGAAAACGAGCAGCUGGACCUCAGAGACAUCGACGAUUCUUGGGAGCCUAUAUCGGAGGAGGACCCAGCUUUAAUAAGUGAUGGGCUGAAUCAUUCUCUAUCAGGUCCCACUUCUCUCGCGAUGCCCCACUCAAGCACUCCAGAGUUCUCUGAUGAGAUCAGCCUUAGAUUGUCUCUUGCUCCAGACACGAACGGAGAAAUCUCAGGACCCAGCUCUGCUGUGCAGAGUCAUCUGUCUUCUCGGCUGCGCUCCUCUAGUAUGACUGAUGGAGUAAGUGAUCAAGCUCAACCUCCCACACCAACGCAGAACUCCCAGACCCGACGAACACGAGCACAAACCGUCACAGGCGUUGAGGAUACGAUGUCUCCAUCGGCCAGCUACGCAUUGACUACGCCAGGUCUACCUCCAGGCUGGGAGGAACGGAGGGAUCCCAAGGGACGUACAUACUACGUCAACCACAACAACCGUAGCACCACCUGGACACGCCCCAUUCUGCAGCACACUGAAGAUGGAGCCAGUACCUCAGCUGCGACAGCAGGGGGUGCUACAGCAGCCACGCCUCCAGCUUCCACCCCUUCCUCCUCCAGUGGCCAUCUAAGCGAACCACAAGUGCGCAGACCCCGUAGCCUCAGUUCCCCAACAGUCACACUCUCUUCCCCCCUAGAGGGAGCCAAUAACGUCCCAAUUCGACGAGCGGUGAAGGACGCAUUUUCCAACCCUCAGUCUCCACAGCCCUCUCCCUAUAGCUCACCCAAAUCCCAGCACAAAGCAAGCCAGAGCUUCCUGCCCCCCGGCUGGGAAAUGAGAAUGGCGCCCAAUGCCCGGCCUUUCUUCAUCGACCACAACAGCAAAACAACCACCUGGGAGGAUCCACGGUUGAAGUAUCCCAUUCACAUGAGAACAAAAGCAUCUCUAGACCCCGGUGACCUUGGCCCACUUCCUCCUGGGUGGGAGGAACGAGUGCAUGCUGAUGGAAGAAUAUUCUACAUCGACCACAACACCAAAAAGACACAGUGGGAAGACCCUCGCCUCCAAAGUCCAGCCAUAACUGGACCUGCUGUGCCAUAUUCCAGAGAAUUCAAGCAGAAGUAUGACUACUUCAGGAAGAAAUUAAAGAAACCGGCAGACAUUCCUAACCGUUUUGAGAUGAAGUUGCACAGGAAUAACAUCUUUGAGGAAUCGUACAGACGGAUCAUGGCUUUAAAGAAACCCGACAGCCUGAAGGCCCGUCUAUGGAUCGAGUUUGAAUCGGAGAAAGGUCUGGACUACGGAGGAGUGGCCAGAGAAUGGUUCUUCUUGCUCUCCAAGGAGAUGUUCAACCCUUAUUAUGGGCUGUUUGAAUACUCAGCCACAGACAACUACACACUCCAAAUCAACCCAAACUCCGGCCUAUGUAAUGAAGAUCACCUCUCAUACUUCAAGUUCAUCGGUCGGGUUGCAGGCAUGGCUGUGUAUCAUGGCAAGCUAUUGGAUGGUUUCUUCAUUCGACCAUUCUACAAAAUGAUGCUGGGCAAACAGAUCACACUGAAUGAUAUGGAGUCAGUGGACAGUGAAUACUACAACUCUCUGAAGUGGAUACUCGAAAACGACCCCACAGAACUGGACUUGCGGUUCUGUAUUGAUGAAGACAACUUUGGACAGACUUACCAGGUGGAUUUGAAGCCAAGCGGAUCAGACAUGGUCGUAACCAAUGACAACAAAAAGGAAUACAUAGACUUGGUGAUUCAAUGGCGGUUUGUGAACAGAGUACAGAAGCAGAUGAAUGCCUUUUUGGAGGGUUUCACUGAACUCAUUCCCAUCGACUUGAUAAAGAUUUUUGAUGAGAACGAACUGGAGCUGCUGAUGUGUGGUCUUGGAGAUGUAGACGUGAAUGACUGGAGACAGCACACGGUCUAUAAGAACGGCUUCUGUCCGAAUCACCCUGUGAUCCAGUGGUUUUGGAAGGCUGUGUUGUUAAUGGAUGCCGAGAAGAGAAUCAGACUUCUGCAGUUUGUCACCGGAACAUCCAGAGUGCCAAUGAACGGCUUUGCUGAACUCUACGGUUCCAAUGGGCCGCAGUUGUUUACCAUAGAGCAAUGGGGGACACCUGACAAACUCCCUCGAGCUCACACGUGCUUUAAUCGCCUGGACCUCCCAACUUACGAGUCAUUUGAGGACCUGCGGGAGAAGCUUUUGAUGGCGGUGGAGAAUGCCCAAGGCUUCGAGGGCGUCGACUAAAAACAGAACCCUCCAUAAACCUAACGCACCUGAUAAGCAGAGACAUGUACAUCACACAUACAUGUAUACUCAAUUAGAAACAUUUUCUCGAGUUGCCAUUGUACUGCCAGAUCCCAGCAGGUGCAUGUGUGUGAUGUCAGCACAGUAUAUGCAUGUAUCUGUCUAGCUGGAAUGCCAUUGGCUGUGGACAUGUUUUUGAGUCUCCAAACAGCUCUACAGUAUCCUACAAACCAUAUCCCUUUCAACACUUUCAUUUUUAUUUUAAAUCAAUCUCUGAGGCCAUGGUAACUUUUUUAUAAGCAAUGAUUUGGAAAAAUGUAAAGAAUACAGAUACAGUGGUGGCCUCAGAGUGGGCAUGGCCUUUAUACAGCAUAACAACCACAGCAACCAAUCAUAUUUCUGCAUCAAUACAACAAAUGCAAUGCUGAUCUCUCUUAUCAGGACUUAAUACCACCAGAUUACCUUAGGAAUCACAGCCAGGAUGAAGGACACACCCUUAUCCUCAAUAAUCCCGCCGACUACGCCAUAUUUCCCCUUCCUUUGUCAAGGAUUAUUUUUUAUCUUCUUUUGCAAGCCAAUAAGCAACAGGAUCUUGAUAAUUGUUUUUAAUAGUUUAUUAUGGCUGUUAUUAUCAUUCUUGCUGAGUAAAUGAAUUUGUACCAACAAUGUGGUUUACUAUUUUAUUUACAAAGUGAUCAAAAAUGCAUCAAUGGCCUGGCUAUAUUCAAAUAAAUAUCCAUAUCAUUGUGGGUAAAAACAACAAAGCAAAGCAAAAAAACAUGAUCAACAUGGAUAUUGUAUUGCUUUGAAAACUGGCAUGAACAUGUAUCUUGUGUUUCAGUAUGAUUACGUAGUAAUUAUAAAGCUAUUCUCCUUCUUGGUUGAGAGUAAGAUUGAAAAGAAGUUAUGGAUAAACGUGGACAUGCAAUGGACAUGUAAAUGAUUUUGUCGCAGUGUUUUCUUUUUAAUUGUAAUAAGUAUUGUUCCUAUCUUUAUUAUUAGAAUUAAACCUGUUCAUAUUGCUGUAAAUUAGUUUGUUUUUGGGAACGAAACAGUUGGAUUCUUUUACUGUACGUGUUAAGAUAGUUUGAAGUAUUAAUGAGCGACAAAGAGUGAAGCUGUCUUAAAAAGCACUGUGAUUCAACACUACAAGUCUUGUAGACUUUCGGUACGUAAACUUUCUUUCUAUCUGUCUGUCUUUUUUCUUCUAACACCACUAUACCUAAAAGGGCACUUUAUUGAAGAAACAUUAAUGUCACGUCACCUGUUAAUUUGUGAAUUUGAAUGUGAUUAUAUAUUUCAUUUCUUUUUAAGGCACUCAAUAAUUGGUGCAGUAUCUAUUGUUAAUAAUCUGCAUGGAGCAGGGCUUUCAUAUCUAAAGAUGGAUUGGCUACUUUUCAUUAAAGGAAUAGUUCACCCAAAAUUCACCCACAUGUUGUUCCAAUAUCGUAUUACUUUCUUUAUUACAUGAAAUACAAAAGCAGAUGUUGGGCAGAAUUUUAACUUAACCAUUUACAGUCAUGCAGAUUUGGAACACAUCAGGGUGAGUAAAUGAUGGCUGAAUUUUCCUUUCUGGUUGAACUAUCCCUUUAAAUGGUUCAGAAUUGAAUUGGACAAGCUUAUAACUGUUCCCAGAUCAGUUGUGUAGGAGCGAGCUCCACCUGGAGUAAAACUUCGGACUGAUUUGUUUUGUAUUUUCUUUUCCAGUCUUUUUGUAUCCCUCUUCACUCACACUUUCCGGGCCACUGAUAUGAUAAUAGUAUGGUCAUUGUUAUUGUAAAUGACCCUUUCUCUUUUGUAGGGCAGUUCUUUUUUUAUUGAAGAGGAACUUUUACCUUGUCUGGUUCCUGCUCUCUACAAGACCUUGUGAUUCAUAUAACUUUGUUCUAAAUAAAUAAACUUUUUUUUUAAAAGGUG